AUGAGCUCCUACCUGGAGUACGUGUCGUGCGGCAGCGGGGCGGGUGGCGGCGGCGACGUGCUCAGCUUCGCGCCCAAGUUCUGCCGCGCCGACGCCCGGCCGGUGGCCCUGCAGCCCGCCUUCCCCUUGGGCAACGGCGACGGCGCCUUCGUUGGCUGCCUGUCCCUGGCCGCCGCCCGGCCUGCGCCUUUGCCCCCAGCAGCGCCGGCGCAGCCUCCCGCGCCGCCCCCGGCCGCGCCCUCCUUCGCGCCGUGCACCCUGGAGGGUGCCUACGAGCCGGGCGCCGCACCUGCCGCGGCAGGGGGUGCAGACUACGGCUUCCUGGGGCCGGGGUCGGCCUACGACUUCCCGUGCGCGCUCGGGCGGCCGGCAGACGACGGCGGGGCGCACGUCCACUACGCGACCUCAGCGGUCUUCUCGGGCGGGGGCUCCUUUCUGCUCAGCGGCCAGGUGGACUACUCGGCCUUCGGCGAGCCCGGCCCCUUGCCGGCGUGUCUGAAGGAGCCAGCCGACGGCCACCCUGGGACCUUCCAGACCGCGUCCCCCGCCCCUGGUGCUUACCCCAAGUCGGCCUCGCCGGCCUCCGGCCUCCCAGCCGCCUUCAGCACCUUUGAGUGGAUGAAAGUGAAGAGGAACGCCCCUAGGAAAAGCAAACUCGCCGAAUAUGGAGCCGCUAGCCCCUCCAGCGCGAUCCGCACGAAUUUCAGCACCAAGCAACUGACAGAACUGGAGAAGGAGUUUCAUUUCAAUAAGUACUUAACUAGAGCCCGACGCAUCGAGAUAGCCAACUCCUUGCAGCUGAAUGAUACCCAGGUCAAAAUCUGGUUCCAGAACCGCAGGAUGAAACAGAAGAAAAGAGAACGGGAAGGGCUUCUGCCCUCCGUCACCCCUGUGGCUUCCCUCCAACUCCCCCUCUCAGGAACGAGCACCGCCAAGUCUGGCAAGAAGCCAGGGAGCCCUUCACAGGCCCAAAAGCCCUCAUGA